CCCAGCACAUUCCAGCACAUUCCAGCACAUCCCAGCACAUCCCAGCACAUCCCAGCCCAGCACACACACCAUGACCGCCGAUGCCUCCGUGGCCACCCGGUUCACCGAGGCAGUUCCGCUGUCGCUGAGCUCGAUGGCCCACACGGCGAUCCCGCUCGAGGACGGCGUCCUGGACGGCCUCAAGACGGUCCUCCAGCACACGCUGUGGUCCUCUCUCUCGUACGCCAGGGCGGCCUUUGGGCAGAACUACUCCCCCGUGGACCUCUGCACCUCUCCCCUCGCCUGGACGCCGAAGGAGAUAGAGGCCCGCGAGCUCGACGGGGGGGACGCGAUUCCCUCGCUGCUCAGGGCGAACCACGGGUUCGAACGCUGCUACGAGCGGACGGCGGUGGUGUACCUUGCCAACCAGAACGGCAACGACGGCGACGACGCAACCGCAACCGCAACCGCAACCGCAACCGCAAACAACGAGGCGGAACGAGAGAACAGCGACUGGACGGACGCCCCGAGGGCCCUGGCCAAGAUCACGCUGCUCUAUGCUUCCACGGGAGAAAUGACCACUGAAGAGCUCGAGGUCGCCAGCUACGAGAGCGAGGAAGACGUUCUCGCGGCGGGCAAGAAGAACAAGAACAAGAACAAGAAGGCCGGCAGCAAGAAACGAUCCGCCGACGAGAUCAGCGGGGAAGAAAACAGCAGCGAUAACAACAACAACAACAACAACAACAACAACAACACCGAGGACGACGCCCCGCCCCCCCCGAAGCACGUGGUCCUCUACAGGGCUACCAUCGAGUACCGCUCCCUGCCGGCGACGGGAAACGCGGUUGCCAAGAAGGCCGAGGAACUCAGCAUGCUCUCCUUCGGCGGGAGCCUGGUGGACGACGACGUCAAGUACGGGGCCCUCGCCUGCCUCUACGACGACCACGCCAAGUACGUCCUGGAGAUCUUCGGGAUCCGCGGCAAGAAGUACCGGCURGACCUGAUGGACGCGACGCUAAGCGACGGGACCGUCCCGGUGCUUCCCUCGCGGAACACGGCCUUUGGGACGGUGGCCCCCGCGCCGGAGGGCCGCCGCCGGGGCCUCCUGGGCCGGGGCGGCGGGGGCGUUCCGAUCCCCCACGAUCCCUUCGUCAAGACCCUCUGCGUCACGGUCGGGGACCACGAGCCGGCGGGCACCCCUUCCGCGGAAGCAGGGGCAGGCGCCGGAAGCCCGGAAAAGGGGGCGGCCUGCCCAGCGGCCCAGCUGCGGGACGACACCGGCGGGGAGGAAAAGAAGUCCGGAGCCSCCAAGAGCCCGGGAAGCAACAACCCCUCCUUUGCCGUCACCAAGAUGUGCCUCUCCCUYGAGGGCGACCUCCGCAAGACCCACCUCCUGGACGCCACCGAUCUCCCGGCUCCCAACUACUACCCCUCCCAGAUCCAAAAGGCCUUUCUGAGCCUGCGGUCGACCAAGCCGACCUCCCCGCGCACCGACAUCGUGGCCGCCUCGCCGUCGGGGCACCGCCUCCUGCUGGACCCGACCGAGGCCGGAAAGAUCUACAUCCACGGCCGAUACGUUACCACCUGGGGGAAGGACCCCCGCAUCGGCGGCGCCAUGAACUGCACGGCGCUCUUCGGGAUGGAUCUGCACUCCGUUCCCUACUGGCACGGACGGAUCGUGGACUACGACAAGCUCAUGAUCGCCUACGCGACGCUAUGGACGGAGAUACUGACGGACGCCAGGCUCAUCUCCAGGAACAUCGGCGGCCGCCUCCUGUCGAGGCUCAUCAGCGGGAAGGACCCAUUUCUGGACGACGACGACGGCAGCGACGAUUCCGAGAGCGACGACUCGGACGAAAACGACGACGACGACGACAGCGAUGGGGGAGACGUCCGCACCAACACCGACCUGUCCUGCCUGGAAUCCCAGGUCAUGGCCUCGUCCCGGUGCGAUCCCGUCGGGAUCUCCGCCAAGGCCCUGGCCACCCGAUUCCAGAGCGAGUACGGCGAGCAGGGCUACCCCUGCCUGGCCCACGAGAUGGACUGGGUCAAGGACCGCCUCCCCGGCCGGGUCCCGGUCGUCGUCCCCCAGCGCCUCAUCGACGUCCUCCGGAGGGGGGGCUUCUUCGACGUCAAGCGGACCUCCGAGGAGGUCUGGCACUCGGAGUCCCGGCCGGCGGCCCCCGGGACCGACGAGGAAGCCCUGGUCCAAAAGACCUGCGCCCUGCUGGAGCAGGCCGGCUGCACCGACGUCGCCCCGUCCUCGAUCGUCUUUGGGAGGAUCGGGGGCGUCGAGGACCCGGUCCAGAAAAAGGCCCUGGUCCGGAUCCACCGGCUCCUCCGCCGGUACCACGUCAACGAGGCCUUUCUGGGGAUCCAGCCGGGGGACUUUGCGGGGGCCCCUUCCUCGGCCGCGGGCGAGGCCGAGACGGAGGAGGCCCGGGACGAGCGCCUCGGGGCGCUCGCGCUCGUUCUGGGGAUGCACGUCGCGCGGGAACACCCGGACGGGAACGUCGCCAUGCGGUACAUGGUCCGGCACCUGGCCGGGCCGGCGAAGAAGCCCUAGGGGCGGGCGGGGGGCAGRGGCGUACCCUGCGCUGCCGGGUAGGUUCGAGGCGAGGCAAAACRACGCAAAACACUCGCAUGCGAUGCGGCUCGCGUCUGGUUUGCUGCCGGGGAUGGCGGGCUGACCGGUUGGCCAUCCAUCGCAUCCUUUGGACAGCAGGCAGCGUUCCGCAGCCAGCAGGCUGGUUCGGAGCGUCCGCACGGGAAGUUUGAUCUCACUAGUUAAUGACUACAGUAAAUUGUAUUUUAUGUU